AUGAGCGCGGUUGGGUUAGACCAACAAUCUAUCAGGCAAUCCCGCUCGAUUGAAUCAGAACUCAUUCCCGCCUGCAGACGCUACGGUAUUGACGUGGUAAUUUACAACCCACUAGCCGGUGGCCUCUUAUCCGGUAAAUACAAAACCACCGAGAUGCCACCUACCGGCCGUUUUGCGAACCCGUCCUUAGGCGCUAUGUACCGCAAACGAUACUUCAGAGAUGCGAACCUCGACGCUCUGCGUAUCAUUGAGCCGGUCGUGCAGAAGCAUAAUCUAACGCUAGUCGAGACCGCACUCCGCUGGGUGCAUCAUCACUCUGCGUUGAAUAUUGGAAUCGGACCGUCAUCGCGCGAUGGAAUUAUCAUUGGCGUGGGCAGCUUUGAGCAGCUGCAGGCGAAUUUAGCGGAUAUGGAGAAAGGGCCGUUACCCAAGGAGGUUGUGGACGCACUGGAUGAGGCGUGGCUGAUUGCGAAAGCAACGAGCACAGACUACUGGCAUAUGGAUUUGAAAUAUACGUAUAAUACGGUUGAAGCCUUGUUCGGACCUAAAGCUUGA